AUGAAAGAAGAAGCACCAGCUUCCACCAUCUCGAUAGCAACCCAGACCAGUGAUUCCGUCGAGCCGCCCUCCAUGUCGAGGGAAGGGGUCGCCGUAGCUCCCGUCCAUAGUCACACGCCCACUUCUCCCACCCUCCACAGUUCUUCCAAGACUCCAUCGCGGAAGGUGUUGCGCUUGAAGUGUCCGCUGUGCUCAGACUAUCCCGACGGCUUCCGGAGCGAGCAUGAGUUGCGACGUCACACCAACCGUGUCCACAGAAAGACGCGCAAGGUCUGGGUAACCAUCGACACGUCGCCGGACAAGUCGUUCCUCGCAAACUGCAAGGCCUGCCAGACCGGUAAGAGGUAUAACGAAUGCUACAAUGCUGCUUCACACCUCCGCAGGAUGCACUUCCACCCGCACAAGCGAGGCGAGCGAAAGAUGACGGCUGCCGAGGCGCGCAAAGGUGGGAAGGCCACAGACUUGGACCCUCCUAUGGAUGUCUUGAAGACGAACUGGUUGCGAGAGGUCGACGAGUUUGUUGAAGGUGACGAUUCGCCCAUGGAUGGUGUCAGGAACGACUCCUUGACUUCGCCGCCGCCGCAGCUGCAACGGCCGUCUCAGCAGCCAUUCAUCGGUACAAAGACGGAGUCGAAAGCGCCGCCAACGCCAACAACACCUUCUACCCGAUCCAUGGCCAUUGACAGUAUUGUAGAUAAGGUCGAUGCCGCUUAA